AUGCGGAUGGAUAAAACCUUCGGUCUUAAAAACAAAAAGGGAACAAAGCAGCAGAAAUUUAUCAAGAUGGUUACCCAACAAGUCAAGUACAAGGGUCAAAGCAUGGAAAAGAUCGAGUCGCAAAAGCAUGAAGACAAGAAAAAGAGAUUGGAGAGCGAGCUCGAUGAUUUGAGCAAAAUCUUAAAACCGGUGGUCACAGCUUCUAAACUUGCGAAAGAUGUGGACCCGAAGUCGGUUCUCUGCGUGCUUUUCAAAUCCGGUAUAUGCACGAAGGGAGACAAAUGUAAAUUCAGUCAUGACCUGAGCAUUGAAGGAAGAGCCGAAAAACGAAAUAUAUAUGUCGAUAAGCGGGAAAUCACCGACGACGAUAACAUCGAGAACUGGGACGAAGAAAAGCUGAACGAGGUGAUAGAAAAGAAGCAUGGGGAAUCGAAUCGCAACAAGCCGCGUACAGCCAUUAUAUGCAAGCAUUUCCUAAAGGCAUUGGAGGACUGCAAAUACGGCUGGUUUUGGGAGCACGCGAUUCCUAACGGGUAUGUUCUGAAGAAAGACAGAGCAAAGUUGGAACAUAUGAAAACUGGACUGCCGGAGGUGAGCCUCGAAGAGCUGAUCGAGAAAGAACGCGCUGCUCUUGGCGACAGUUUGUCAAAAAUUACGCUGGAUUCCUUUCUGAAAUGGAAAGAACGAAAACGAAAAGAAAGACUGAAAGAAAAAUGUGCUGAAGAGAAGCGGAAACGGAGCGAAUAUAUUUCCGGCAAAGAGUUGGGUCUGAGCGGUCGCGAACUUUUUACCUUUAAUCCUGACCUGAUGGCCCAAGAUGACGAGGAAGCCGACGAUAUUCGAUAUAAAGCUGAAGAAGAAGAAAAUGAGGUAAAUGUUUCAUGA